AUGAACCAGGGACUUAGUCAGCUCACGGGCGUCACUAUUGUCAACUACGGCACGAUUAAUAUGUGCAUGCCCCCAACUCUACAGGUACCAUACACAAUCAACAAACCACUUCCAAAACCAAAACCAAUCGAAGACGCUCCCGAGGGCGGUGUGAAGAGAAAGAAACCCAUCUCGAAGAAAGAUCACGCACAACAUGUUGUGGAGACAAAAGACAUUAUCGAAAAGAACAAAGAAACUUUACAGAAGUGGACUGGGAAAAGCGAGUUCUCUCUCAUUUACGACUCCGAUGUCGACGGGUUAAACGCAUAUGGGAUCAAUCGGUGCGUCUGUGAAAAACGAAAUGUGAUGAUCAUCGUCAUCACGUAUAACAAGUACGUCUUUGGUUCGUUCACAUCGCUUCCAAUACCAACAUCGCAAAAACAAGACGAGUGGGUCAAAGACGACAAAAAGCAUUUCGCCUUCACUUUGGUCAACCCGUCAAAGACAGAGCCAAUGAAGUUUGACCACGUCCCCACAGUGAAGGACAGUCUUGUCAUCAGCCCAAGUAACUCCAAAAAGUGGGUUGUUGCUGUCCUUGCCUUUUUUGGUAUCAAACAGGACGACUCUUCAUACAUCGCCGCCGAAUUCACGGACACAUACCAAGUCCCCACAGGGAUCACCUCGGACUUGUUUGUCGGCUCGCACCAUCCCGACACAUUCCCAGUCACGAAGGUUGUUGCUCUUAAAUGGAGCAACAAGAAAGCGAAAUAA